UGCUCUGAUUACCACCGUUUUGUUUGCUUUCCAAAAUAUGAAGACUUCCGCCAAGGAGUGAAAUCUUCUCCCUGCCUGUUGAAAAUUUUCUACCAAAUAUGCACAUGAUCAGAAUAUUACAAAUUACUUUGCGUGUGUAACUGAGGAUUCUGGUGUAAUGUCAGCUAGUAAGCAUUGCAGCCCGCUAGAUCUGGGCAACAUGGCGAAAAUUACCGACUAUCUUUACCUAGGAGGGCUAGCUGCGGCAAAAAAGGAAGAUCUGCUCAAGGAAAAUGGAAUAACCUGCGUCAUCAGCGCUGCUUUGGAAUCUCCCGAAUUGACCUAUGAAUCGAUUACUUGCACAAGGAUAAAGCUAGAAGAUAACCCGACCUGCAACAUCGGAAUAUACUUUGAUUUAGUGGCCGAUAAAAUCGAAAAGGUUCGACGAGAAAGAGGAAAGGUUCUUGUCCACUGCAUUGCAGGAAUAAGCAGAUCAGCAACUUUGGUAUUGGCUUACUUGAUGAAAUAUCAAAAGAUGAGGCUGUUUGAUGCUCAUGCACACGUCCACAAAAAGAGACGUCUUGUCCGACCAAAUAAUGGAUUCUGGAAAUAUCUAGUGGAGUAUGAGAACAAGCUGUUUCAGAAAAACACAAUCAAUAUGGUGGAAUCCAAAUUUGGUUUAAUACCCAAUAUCUAUGAAGAUGAAAUGAAGAACUUGGUUUGGUGACAAAUGCAGAAGUUGAUUUUGAAAACUGGAAAGGAAGUGGAGAGAAUAUGAUUAGGGGGGUCCCUUAUCCUUUCUAUGAGAAGUGUGAUUGGGCAAUUUGUUUUCUCUUGAAUCUUGAUCUUAAUUUGUUUUUUCUUCGUGAAUGGUGAUUUAAUAUUAUAAGAUCUUUUCAUGUCCCCAGAAUAAAGUUUAUAUUAAAUGAAGAGCCGAAUUGAACGUGAUUUAUGAACCAUUUUGUUUUGCAUGAUGAAAAUUUAGAAUGUGGACUUCACAUGGAUCGAUAAAAGUCAUAAAACAGACCACUAAUGAUUCUUGAAUAAAUGAAAUAAGAUACUAUUAUAAGGUAAGAAAAAAGUGAAAAGUGAAAAUAUUAAUUUGUGAAUUUUUUUUUCAAUUUUUAUGGGAAAUGUGAUGUUUCUAAUAUUUCAUGAAUGUGAAGAAAAUAAGUGAGAUACAUGAAAAGGCCAAAUAUUCUUAAGUGAAUGAGUUUUACAAAGGGGUAUAGGGAACCCUUGAUUAGAGUGUUUCAAAUUGAUUUUGUUCAGAAUAACCCUGGUACCCUAAUUUAAGUAAAAAUGUGUUGUUGUGAACCUAACUUUUCUCUAUCAAUUAUUGAUUUGGAGUCGUCUGCAUUCUCAAAGUUUCCCAGAAAAUCAUUCUUGUCUUUAGAUUACAAUGGUCAAAUCUAUACAGUUUCCUGGUUUAAAAAAGAAAAAAAAAAAAAAAAAAGAAGCAAGAAAUAACUUAACAGCUCAAAAGCCACAGCCAUUGCGGCUUAUGUAAUAAUACACAAGGAGGGGGAGUACCCCCUUCCAAAAUCUAGGCCAGAUGGAAAAAAUUUUAUUAUCGUAUCAAACACAUUUCCAUGUAUGCAUGAGAAUGUGUAUAAAACUAGUUUUAUAUGGUAGAGCUUUAUGAAAAUUUUAUGAUACAUUUGUGAUUGGACAUUCAAUAAUUAUUUUAUUCAGUAUAAAGAAACAUUGGCUUAAUAAAGACUGGUACAGGCUAUA